UUGUUUGUGUUGUUUUGGUCAAGUUGCAUGGCUUUUUGGUUCUAUAAAUUCUCUAGCUGAAGCAUAGAGAGACCCCUUCCACUUUCCUCCUUCUUUCUCAUCACACUUUUUAGAUAUUAUUUCUGAAGCUGCCCAUGAUCUUGUUCUCGAUGUUGGAGAUUAUUCAUGUAUCCAAUUCCAAUUCUUAGCGAAAUCUUCCUUUCCGGGUGUAUGAUCAACUCCACCGUCAGAAGACGCAGGACCCAUUUAGUUCAAUCCUUCUCCGUCACCUUCCUCUACUGGCUUUACUACGUUUCAUGAUUUCUAACCACUAAACCCCUUACUUUCUAUAUUACUACUAUUUUUAUCUGCAAAAUUUUCUUCUUUUUUUCUUUCUUCUUUUUCUUCUUAGUAGUGUCUGGGUCCUGCGUCUUCUUCUUUAGCUUUUCUUUUCACAACCCACAUGGCUUCCUCCAGUGGAACAUCUUCAGGCUCCUCCAUGCUUCAAAACUCGGGCUCCGAAGAGAAUCUGCAGGCGCUGAUGGAUCAGCGAAAGAGGAAGAGAAUGAUCUCGAACCGCGAAUCAGCGAGGCGAUCUCGCAUGAGGAAGCAGAAGCACUUGGACGACCUUGCAUCGCUCGUGACACAGCUCAGGAACGAGAACCACCAGAUUCUCGCUUCGCUCAAUCUCACUACGCACAAGUGCUUGACUCUCGAGUCUCACAACUCUGUGCUGAGAGCGCAGGUGAACGAGUUGAGCCACUGGUUGGAGUCUCUCAACCAGAUCAUCGACUUCCUCAACGCCACUAACGGGGCUUUUGGGCCCCCGGGCCCACUUUUCGAGCCCGACGGAAGCUGCCUCUUCAACAACGUCCCUUGUCUCACCCAACACAUGACUGUUGGGCUUUCUGGGUUUUAGAGAGUAGAGACACACAAAGAGAUGCUUGUUCCCUCUCUAAAUGUACUAGUCUUCACAUAUCACCCCAUCAUUAUUGCUGUAACUGUGCUUCCCUAUGUUAGACUUGUGUUAUUUAUGUCAUGUCUCCAUAUCAUAUAACUUUAUGUUUUAUUCUCA